UCAAAAAACGCCCCUCUCCAGAUCUCCCAGGUUUGGCCCGUCCCACCAGCCUCCUUCCUCCGUCCUCUUCUCCUCCAACUCGCCUCCUACCGCGUCCCCCCCCGUGUGGACUACGAUUCUAGCCAUGGCGUCCGAUAUGACGAGCCCCAUCCUGGACGCCCUGUCCGCGUCCGAUGCCCCGAUCCUCUCCAGCACCGCCUUCCCCUCCACCCCCUCGUUAAAUAUCAAGAGCGCGCUCGAUCGGCUAGCCUCGCGGGAUAUGGUCAAAUAUGAUACAAUCGACAAGGAAGUCGUCGCCUUGACCAAGGAAGGCGACGAGAUCGCCGCCAAUGGCAGCCACGAGGCCAAGGUCUUCCAGGCGGUGGUCGCCGCCAUGGACGGGUUGAAGAUCGGCGAUCUGCCGGGGAUUGUCGGCAAGGACAACGCCAAGCUGGGCCAGGGCAAUGCCUUCAAGAGAGGCUGGAUCAAGAAGGACAAGGACCUCCUCCGAGCGACCGCCGAGUCCAUCGUCGACGAGACCCGCGAGCAGCUGCUGACCGUGCAGAAGACCAACACCCUCGACGACCAGAAGGCCCUGACGGACCUGAAGCGGCGGAAACUGGUCUCGAUCCAGAAGGUGAUCACCUUCCAGAUCUCCAAGGGCCCCAAGUUCGCGCGCGAGUUCGUCAAGGAGGAGACGGACCUGACGGCCGACAUGCUGGUUAACGGGUCGUGGAAGUCCGCCCACUUCAAGCCCUACAACUUCAAGGCCAAGGGCGCCCCGACCCCGGCCGGCGCCUUCCACCCGCUCAACAAGGUCCGACAGGAAUUCCGCAACAUCUUCUUCGAGAUGGGCUUCGAGGAGAUGCCCACCAACCGCUUCGUCGAGACGGGCUUCUGGAACUUCGACGCCCUCUUCGUCCCGCAGCAACACCCCGCCCGCGACCUCCAGGACACCUUCUACAUCUCCGACCCGGCGACAGCUGACCCCCCGCGCGAGGACCCGCCCAACGACCCGCACCAGCUCCGGUCCGCACAGCUCACCUCGUCCAGCACCACCACGCCCGAGAAGCCCCGCGACUACCAGCAGUACUGGGACAACGUGCGCCAGGUCCACGAGGAAGGCAAGUAUGGCUCCAUCGGAUACCGGUACCCGUGGGACCCGCAGGAGUCGCUGCGCCUGGUGCUGCGCACGCACACGACCUCCGUCUCGACGUACGUCCUGCACAAGCUGGCCGCCAACCCGCGCCCCGCGCGCUACUUCAGCAUCGACCGGGUCUUCCGCAACGAGGCCGUCGACGCGACCCAUCUGGCGGAGUUCCACCAGAUCGAGGGUGUCAUCGCCGACUUCGGCCUCACGCUGGGCGGCCUGAUCGGCUUCAUGGAGGUCUUCUUCGCCAAGAUGGGCAUCCACCAGCUGCGCUUCAAGCCUGCUUACAACCCUUACACCGAGCCCAGCAUGGAGAUCUUCGGCUACCACGAGGGUCUGGCCAAGUGGGUGGAGAUCGGCAACAGCGGCAUGUUCCGUCCGGAGAUGCUCGAGUCGAUGGGUAUUCCUAAGAAUAUGAGAGUUUACGGAUGGGGGUUGAGUUUGGAGCGACCUACCAUGAUUAAAUACGGCGUGAGCAACAUCCGAGAACUCCUCGGCCACAAAGUCGACCUCAACUUCAUCGAGACCAACCCGGCCGUGAGACUGGAGAAGGACUAAGCUUGUGGAGAUUAAAAAAAAAAAGGGUCAUAUUAAGAUAAAGAGAGCAGAGCUAGACAGAUGUGACGGGAGUAUAGAGCUGUCUUUUCACAGAUUAUGAUAUUGUUUUUCUUUUCUUUUCUUAUUGAUUUGUUAUUUCUUCAUUGAAAAGCACGGGUUUAUGAGAUUACGCGGAUGACAGACAGAUACAGUAUAGUGUGGUAGAUAUCUAUCUAUCUACUUUUUAUAAAGAG